UGUUGGGGGGCGGGGAACCUUGGCUGAGGCGGUGGUGGCGGCUUAGGCACUGGGUGCUGGCGGCGGCAGCUCCUGGUGCAGCUCGGCGCGCGGCCAGCUUUCUAGUUCGGGACGGAACGCUUGGCGUAGCGGGCCUUGCCGGGAAAGUUUGCGUUGGACCCGGGACCUCCUGGCCGGCGCGGCCCGGCAUGAAGCGGCGCUGAGGAGCCGUCGCCGCUGCCGCUGCUGCUGCCGCCGCCGCCUGAGGAGAAGUCGCAGCACUCUGGGCCACGCCGAUGACUACUGCAAACUGUGGCUCCAGCGACGAGCUCGACUUCAAACUCGUCUUUGGCGAGGACGGGGCGCCGGCGCCGCCGCCCCCGGGCUCGCGGCCUGCAGAUCUUGAGCCAGAUGAUUGUGCAUCCAUUUACAUCUUUAAUGUAGAUCCACCUCCAUCUACUUUAAAUUCACCACUUUGCUUACCACAUCAUGGAUUACCGUCUCACCCUUCUGUUUUGUCAUCAUCGUUGCAGCUCCAAGGUCACAAAAACUAUGAAGAAACUUGUGAUAUUCCUGAGUCUAAAUACAGCCCAUUAGGUGGUCCCAAACCUUUUGAGUGCCCAAGUAUUCAAAUUACAUCCAUCUCUCCUAACUGUCAUCAAGAAACCAAUCAACAUGAAGAUGACGUACACAUAAAUGACCCAGAAAGGGAAUAUUUGGAAAGGCCUUCUAGAGAUCAUCUCUAUCUUCCUCUUGAGCCAUCCUACCGGGAAUCUUCCCUUAGUCCUAGUCCUGCCAGCAGCAUCUCUUCCAGGAGCUGGUUCUCAGAUGCAUCUUCUUGUGAAUCUCUGUCACACAUUUAUGAUGAUGUGGACUCAGAGUUGAAUGAAGCUGCUGCCCGAUUCACUCUUGGAUCCCCUCUGACUUCUCCAGGAGGCUGCCCUGGAGAAGACUCCUGGCAUCAACAGUAUGGACUUGGAAACUCCUUGUCACCCAGGCAAUCUCCUUGCCACUCUCCUAGAUCCAGUAUCACUGAUGAGAAUUGGCUGAGCCCCAGGCCAGCAUCAGGACCAUCAUCAAGGCCCACUUCCCCCUGUGGGAAACGGCGGCACUCCAGUGCUGAAGUUUGUUAUGCUGGAUCCCUUUCACCUCAACACUCACCUGUUCCUUCUCCUGGCCACUCCCCCCGGGGAAGUAUAACAGAAGAUACCUGGCUUAAUGCUUCUGUCCAUAGUGGAUCAGGCCUUAGCCCCGCACUUUUUCCAUUUCAGUACUAUGUGGAGACUGAUAUCCCUCUGAAAACAAGGAAAACUUCUGAAGAUCAAGCUGCCAUACUACCAGGAAAAUUAGAACUCUGCUCAGAUGAUCAGGGAAGUUUAUCACCAUCACGAGAGACUUCAGUAGAUGAUGGCCUUGGAUCUCAGUUUCAUUUAAAGAAAGAUUCAUCUGGUGACCAAUUUCUUUCAGUUCCUUCACCCUUUACUUGGAGCAAACCAAAGCCUGGUCAUACCCCUAUAUUUCGCACAUCUUCAUUACCUCCACUAGACUGGCCUUUACCAACUCAUUUUGGACAAUGUGAACUGAAAAUAGAAGUGCAACCUAAAACUCAUCAUCGAGCCCAUUAUGAAACAGAAGGUAGCCGAGGGGCAGUAAAAGCAUCUACUGGGGGACAUCCUGUUGUGAAGCUCCUGGGCUACAGUGAAAAGCCAGUAAAUCUACAGAUGUUUAUUGGAACAGCAGAUGAUCGAUAUUUACGACCUCAUGCAUUCUACCAAGUGCAUCGAAUCACUGGGAAGACAGUUGCUACUGCAAGCCAAGAGAUAAUAAUUGCCAGCACAAAAGUUCUGGAAAUUCCACUUCUCCCUGAAAACAAUAUGUCAGCCAGUAUUGACUGUGCAGGUAUUUUGAAACUCCGCAAUUCAGAUAUAGAACUUCGAAAAGGAGAAACUGAUAUUGGCAGAAAGAAUACUAGAGUGCGACUUGUGUUUCGUGUACACAUCCCACAGCCCAAUGGAAAAGUCCUUUCUCUGCAGAUAGCUUCAAUACCUGUCGAAUGCUCCCAGCGGUCUGCUCAAGAGCUCCCUCAUAUUGAGAAGUACAGUAUUAACAGUUGUUCUGUGAAUGGAGGUCAUGAAAUGAUUGUGACUGGAUCUAAUUUUCUCCCAGAAUCGAAAAUCAUUUUUCUUGAAAAAGGACAAGAUGGACGACCUCAGUGGGAGGUAGAGGGGAAAAUAAUCAGGGAAAAAUGUCAAGGGGCUCACAUUGUCCUUGAAGUUCCUCCAUAUCAUAACCCAGCAGUUACAGCUGCAGUGCAGGUGCACUUUUAUCUUUGCAAUGGCAAGAGGAAAAAAAGCCAGUCUCAACGUUUUACAUACACACCAGUUUUGAUGAAGCAAGAACACAGAGAAGAAAUUGAUUUGUCAUCAGUUCCACCUUUGCCUGUGCCUCAUCCUGCCCAGAGUCAGAGGCCUUCCUCAGAUCUGGGGCACCCACAUGACAGUGUGCUCUCAGUGCAGCAGAACUUGGUUUGUCCAAUCCAGCAAGGAUAUGCAUCCUUGGUAACUUCAUCCCAUCUACCACAGUUGCAGUGUAGGGAUGAGGGUGCUGGGAAAGAACAGCACAUGGUAUCUUCUUCAGUAGUGCACCAGCCUUUUCAAGUCACACCAACACCUCCUGUGGGAUCUUCCUAUCAGGCUAUGCAAACUAAUGUUGUAUACAAUGGACCAACUUGUCUUCCUGUUAAUGCUGCCUCUAGUCAAGAAUUUGAUCCAGUUUUGUUUCAACAGGAUGCAGCUCUUCCCAGCUUAGUAAAUCUUGGCUGUCAACCACUAUCACCCAUACCAUUUCAUUCUUCAAAUUCUGGCUCAACAGGACAUCUCUUAGCACAUACACCUCACUCUAUGCAGACUACGCCUCAUCUGCCAUCAAUGGGAUAUCAUUGUUCAAAUGCAGGACAAAGAUCUCUUUCUUCUCCAGUGACUGACCAGGUCACAGGUCAGCCUUCCCCUCAGUUGCAACCUAUUACAUAUAAUCCUUCACAUUCUGGGUCUGCUGCAACAGCUGCCCCAGCAGUCUCUGGUCCCCUGGCUAGUUCACCACUUUCUGGGCCAUCGUCUCCUCAGCUGCAGCCUAUGCCUUACCAAUCUCCUAGCUCAGGAACUGCCUCGUUACCAUCUCCAGCCUCCAGAAUGCAUUCUGAACAGCACUCAACUCAAGCACAAAGUACAGGUCAGAGAGGUCUUUCUGCACCUUCAUCCUUAAUGUGUCACAGUUUAUGUGAUCCAGCUUCGUUUCCAUCUGAUGGGGCAACUGUGAGCAUUAAACAUGAACCUGAAGAUCGGGAACCCAACUUUGCAACCAUCGGUCUACAGGACAUCACUUUAGAUGAUGUGAACGAGAUAAUUGGGAGAGACAUGUCCCAGAUUUCUGUUUCCCAAGGACCAGGGGUGAGCGGAGAGGCUCCCCUCUCAGAUCCCAAGUCCCUGGAUUUAGGAAGAUCUGACGGGCUCUAGCAGUGCUCACGGCAGCCUCUUGUCCGCCAUCAACUUCUCAGCAUGUUUCUCUCCUUGGAUCUUGGGUUUCCAACUCUGCAGCCUUCAGGACCAGUGCCAGGAGUUGGACUCACCAUUUUUGGGGAAAGCUGUGUUCCUCCACCUCAGGCCUUGGGUCGAUUUUGUAAAAGAACAGGAGCAGCAUAGGCUGUUUAUGCUUUGGGAAAAUGAGCUUUGCUUUUUUAAAUAUUUAAAUAGGAUACUUUUAUAUGAUGGGUGCUUUGAGUGUGAAUGCAGCAGGCUCCAUUUCUGAGGUGCUGCUUUUGCAGGUGACCUGGUUGCUUAUCUAGGAUUGAUUUGUAAUGCUUUCUGGUCAUUUGAAGGGCCCUUUAGUUUUGAUAUUUUUAAAAUAAGAACUUUUGAUAAAACCUUCCAGAGGCAAACAAAAUAAAAAAAAAAAUUAUCCCAAGCCCACACCUAUGCCUCAGAAACUCAGCAUGUUUCCUGAAGCCUUUCAUAGAUUCAUAGGAAAAAAGCCAAAUGUAGCUCUUACCUCUUUAUAAAAGUAAACUGUUGUUAGAUAAAGUGAGAAGAGACCAUUCCAUCAUUGAAAUGUUGGAAUAUAAAGACAUUCCAAGGCGUAGCCAUUUUGUAAGUUUCUAGGUAAUCUUCCUGCAGUCUCUCCAUACUGGCUCCAUGUUAAAAUUGCUUUUUUUCCCUUAGGACCUUAGCUACAUAUAAGGAGACUUUGAAAGGUGGGGUUUUAUCUUGGUAGUUUUCAUUUCUUGCCAUCCUAAAAACUAGUAGGCUAUGGAGUGCUCUGCUUGUUUGUGUCCUCUGGUCCCAGAACCUUUUCCAAUUGGGAGCAUCUGCCUUUGGCUGUCUAUAACCUAUAAAAGUCAGUCCCAUGAUGGCUGAAGCAGCUUCUUAGUCCUAACUCUUCCCUGGAGGCCAGGCUGUGUCAGGAGGUAAAUAUAAAUGAGCUAUGCAUCAGGAUAGGCAGAGAAAAUACAGGACACUAGAUGGGAAGGAUUUAAGAUUCACACUGGCCAUGGUUAUCCUUUACUGUUUACAGCCUAAAAUGAUUCUGGCUCACCCAGUCCCAACUGUAUGACCUAAAAAUCAGCCUUUUCCCUAGAAGGCAUCACAUCCAAAAAUGAGGUGGCAUCAUAGACCUGGCCCUCUACACCAAAGAUGUCCUGGUGCUGCUGCUGGUGAGACUGGCAUCCAAGGCAGGGGCCAGCAGAACUCCAGCCUGCUGUCUACCAAAGGAGGUGCCCAAACUGGGUACUUUUUCCAAAUCCUGCUCUUACCCCCACCCUAAUGAGAUUUGUUAACCUAUUCCUGGGCCUAAUUCAAAGCCCCCGGUCUUUGUGAUGUUUUCAGAUGGGUAAUGUACUUUCAUUUAUUCAGGAAGCAGAUUUUUUGAAUCCCUACAUGCCACUAUGCUGGGUUGGUUGAAAGCUUGAAGUUGUUAUUCCCGGGGAUUGUGGGCCCUACAUGAAGGACACCCUGUCUGACAAAGCUAAGGGGCCAGCGUCUUGCCCAUCACCUCUAGUCAGCAGGGAGAAGCUGUUCACCCAGGAUGAGAAAAUAUGUCUAAGGGAAGAAAAAAAAAAAAAAAAAAACCCACCACAUGUUAUUUUAGAUUUCUACCCUAAAGCUAGUAACAGAAAAAUGUCUACUUCAGCGAAUCACUAACCCUUCUUGAAGUUGGUUGAAACUUGAUCCUGGGUUUGAAAACUCAAGGCCUCUUUUGGAGAGGCAGUGGGUUAGCUUCUCAGGUGAAGUUCCAGAGACGUAACCAAACUUGCCUCCACCCUCUCGCCCCUGGUUAGCUGCCUCACGUGGGGUUCUUGCAAGAGCUCCCCUUCCAAGACCCUUUGGGGGUUGCUUUGCUGCCCCCAAAAAUAAAAAGCCUCUAUGAUCCAGAGUUGCUAUGCACCAAAUUUUGAUGCCUUUUAAAUGCCUUGAUGCCUGUAGUAUUAGAAGUGCUUUCCUAUUUAAAAUAAAGGUUAAAUUUUAAAAUAGAGCUUUGUAUACUAUGUAAGCCGUUUUAUAUCAGCUUUAUAAAAGCUUUCAUGUAAGAGUCAAUAUUUUUUGGCUUUGCAGAUAGACUUAAAUUUUUGUGCAACAUAGUGAUGUUAAAAGCACACAUCCAUUGGACUAUGCAAAUUGAUUUCUAGUAGCAGCACUGGGCAUGUGCUAGCAUGAACCCCUUCCCUCUCAAACCCUUGCUAGAUCUUGGGUUGAGGAAUGGAAUGAGCAGCCUUCUGCUUACUGGAGAUGCACAGAGAAACACGGCUGAAAACAGCUUUGAAAGAAACAGAUGUCUUCAGGUUCACGUGUGGUGCUGCUGCCCAGGGUACAGCCCUUUCCCAUCCAGGGCCAGCCACUAUCACCAGACCUUUGCUGAGCAUGGCUGUGAAGCCCUGUUUUUGAUACUCAGAACAGAUGGUCAUCUUAAAGACUCAGAUGGGCUCAAAUUGAAACCUUGUAUUUUAUAAAAUGGAUGCUUAGUAAAGAAAUGGUUCUCAGUUA